GCACUCGGCCUUUGCUGUUGGCCAAAUUGAAGCACGUAUCGUUGCGGUCAUUUUGGUCUGGUCACAAACAACAACUGGUUGUUCAGUUGCAACAACAACAACAACAACAACUGCAACAGUAACAACUGCAACUACAAACUCAUCCAUCUUCAUGUUUUGCUUUAUAACCACAGCUCUCGUUGGCCAACUCUUCACAUUUGUUGACUUGAAGUCACCGUCAGCGGUUCAUCCAAUCCAAUCCAAUCCAAUUCAACUCAACCAAACCAACGAUCCAAAGAUGAUACUGCGAAACACAAUCGUUGGUCAACUGAUCUUGAUGUUACUAUAUGGCUGCCAUUAUGCAUAUCUAUCCAGCGCCAAGACCGUUAACAACGAUCAAUUGUCAAUGGCGCUGCCUGAGCCACGAGCUUAUCUUCCCGAUGCCCAAAAUCUGGACUUUGUUUAUCACGAUCACGAGGAGCUCACACGAUUCUUGAGGGCGACAAGUGCUCGUUAUCCUAAUCUAACCGCACUGUAUUCGAUCGGCAAAUCAAUACAGGGGCGUGAUCUAUGGGUUAUGGUGGUCAGUUCCUCGCCAUAUGAGCACAUGGUGGGUAAACCAGAUGUGAAAUAUGUGGGCAAUAUACAUGGCAAUGAGCCAGUUGGCCGAGAGAUGCUGCUCCAUUUGAUCCAGUAUUUUGUGAGUAGCUAUAAUACGGAUCAAUAUGUGAAAUGGUUGUUGGACAAUACACGCAUCCACAUACUGCCCACCAUGAAUCCCGAUGGUUAUGCUGUCUCCAAGGAGGGCACCUGCGACGGCGGACAGGGACGUUAUAAUGCUCGAGGGUUCGAUUUGAAUCGCAAUUUUCCAGAUUACUUUAAGCAGAAUAAUAAGCGUGGUCAGCCGGAAACGGAUGCCGUCAAGGAUUGGAUAUCGAAGAUACAGUUCGUUCUAAGUGGCAGUCUGCAUGGUGGAGCUCUGGUUGCCAGCUAUCCCUACGACAAUACGCCCAACUCCAGUCCCCUGGGCGCAGUGUUUCAAACCUACUCGGCUGCGCCGUCGUUGACACCCGACGACGACGUCUUCAAGCAUCUCUCCCUGGUCUAUGCCCGCAAUCAUGCCAAGAUGUCCAGGGGCGUGGCCUGCAAAUCGGCGACUCCAGCCUUUGAAAACGGCAUCACAAAUGGUGCCGCUUGGUAUCCACUGACGGGUGGCAUGCAGGAUUACAACUAUGUCUGGUACGGUUGCAUGGAGAUUACCCUCGAGAUCUCCUGCUGCAAGUUUCCGCCGGCCUACGAACUCAAGAAAUACUGGGAAGACAAUCAACUGUCUCUAAUCAAAUUUCUGGCCGAGGCACAUCGUGGAGUUCAGGGAUUUGUUUUUGAUCCGGCGGGUAUGCCCAUUGAACGCGCCUCCAUCAAGAUUAAGGGACGUGACGUUGGCUUCCAGACGACCAAAUAUGGCGAAUUCUGGCGCAUUUUACUGCCGGGUUACUACAAGGCAGAGGUGUUCGCCGAGGGCUAUGCGCCCCGAGAAGUGGAGUUCGUCAUAGUGGAACAGCAUCCCACAUUGCUCAAUGUCACAUUACAAGCAUCCAAGCAUAUUCUCGCCUCAGCUUCUGCCACCGCCUCCUCCUCCUCCUCCAGGCGCACCACAACGACGCGUAAUCAGCGUCAACUGGUUGAUAAUAAACUACAAUUUCCGACAGACUAGAAACGGAGCCACUGCAUCCAAAUGUCUGACGUGUAAAUAUUCUCACGAGUGCUUUAGUCCUAAGGCUUAACACUAACUAAUUAACUAACUAACUAACUAUACUAGCCCCAGUAGUACCUAAAAUGGGAGUAAAAUGAGUUUGUAUUGCACUUGGAAAAUUGAUAAGACAAAUGGAAUUUUUGACCAAGGCUUAGGAUUAAUCUCAACAAGAAAUCAAUACAAUAACUGUUACCUCACAUAUGUAUGCUAUUCAUUAUGUUUAUGAUCUUCCGUACACAGAGAGAAAAAGCCGUAAUAAAAUUAAGUUUGAUUGACCUCGAA